AAAAUCCCUUCGAUAUUUCAAAACGCACCGAGUGUUCCGUUGUCUCCCACCGUUCCAAUUAACACAACACACACAAACAUCGCCCCCUCUCCCUCUCUCUCUCCCUCCCUCUCUCUGUAGAUCGUUUCGUCCAUCUCCACAGGGCUUGAGAUUCGUCUCGAAGCGAAUCAUUUCAAGGAGAGAUGGAUACUCCUGAGUGCGUGCGAGUUGCUGUAAAUAUUCGACCUUUGAUUACCUCGGAGCUUCUCCUUGGCUGUACUGACUGUAUAACAGUGAUUCCCGGUGAGCCACAGGUACAAAUUGGGUCGCAUGCUUUCACUUAUGAUUUUGUGUAUGGGAGUAAGGGAUCUUCGUCUUCUACCAUAUAUGAUGAAUGUGUGGCUCCACUCGUGGAUGCAAUUUUUCAUGGCUACAAUGCCACAGUUCUUGCCUAUGGCCAGACUGGUUCGGGGAAAACAUAUACAAUGGGGACCAAUUACACAGGGGAAGGAAGCAAUGAAGGAAUCAUACCGAAAGUUAUGGAAAACAUAUUCAAACGAGUUGACAAAAUGAAAGACUCGACUGAGUUUUUGAUUAGAAUAUCAUUUAUUGAGAUUUUCAAGGAAGAAGUGUUCGACUUGCUUGAUCCAAAUUAUGUGAUUCAAACGAAAGGGGAAGGUGUAUCUGUUGCCAAGCCUUCUGGGCCUGCUAGAGUUCCUAUACAAAUUAGAGAAACAGUAAAUGGAGGGAUCACACUUGCUGGUGUGACUGAAGCGGAAGUCAGUACAAAGGAAAAGAUGGGUUUAUACUUGUCACGUGGUUCUUUAUCUCGUGCAACUGGAAGCACCAACAUGAAUAGCCAAUCAAGCCGCUCACAUGCUAUAUUCACAAUUACUAUGGAGCAAAAGAAAAUUUCUCGCAGCACAAGUGAAGAAGAUAGUGAUGAUGUUGGAGAUGACAUCUUGUGUGCAAAACUGCAUUUAGUGGAUCUUGCUGGUUCUGAACGUGCAAAACGGACGGGUGCUGAUGGCAUGCGCUUGAAAGAAGGCAUUCAUAUCAACAAGGGUUUAUUGGCUCUUGGCAAUGUGAUAAGUGCCUUGGGAGAUGAAAAAAAGAGGAAAGAAGGAGGGCACGUUCCAUAUCGUGAUAGCAAGUUGACACGAUUGUUACAGGAUUCGCUUGGAGGGAACAGCAAAACGGUGAUGAUUGCUUGUGUUAGUCCUGCUGAUACAAAUGCUGAGGAGACACUGAAUACUUUGAAAUAUGCCAACCGUGCACGUAAUAUUCAAAACAAAGCAAUUAUCAAUCGUGACCCCAUGGCAGCUCAGAUGCAAAGAAUGCGAGCCCAAAUUGAGCAGUUGCAGGCCGAGCUCCUUUUUUAUCGUGGUGAUGCAAGUUCAGCAUCUGAUGAACUUCAGAUUCUUAAGCGCAAAAUAUGUCUACUUGAAGCGAGCAAUGUAGAACUACAGCGGAAGAUUCAAGAACAGCAAGUCACCUGUGAAAAUCUAACACAACGUGCUAUCGAUUCUCAGGUCGAGAAAGACAAACUAAUACUGAAACUGGAAGGUGCUCGUAAGGGUAAACCUUGGGAUGAGAUCGACUCUAAUUCUGAUCAGGGUUAUGAUCUGUUGAAGACUUACGUAUCAAAAAUUCAGGAGCUAGAAGAUAAUUUGUCACGGGUGAAAAACCAUUGCAACUCAAAACGCAGUCCAUUUGUUGAUUAUGUUGAAUCAGAUGACAGCACGUUACAUUGUGGAAAAGAAUUAUUUCCAUGUCUGAAUGAGCUGUCCUCUGAUUGUGAUUCUACAGCUGUUGAUGUCUCAGAUGAUGCUGACGAUGAUGAAAAGGAGAUUGAGCAUUCUUCUCUUCAAGAAAAAUUGGAUAUGGAGCUCAAAGAGUUGGAUCGUAAACUAGAACAAAAGGAGGCGGAAAUGAAGUGUUUUCCAAGUGCUGAUACCUCGGUUCUGAAACAACAUUAUGAAAAGAAAGUUCACGAGUUAGAACAACAAAAGAGGGAUCUGCAGAGAGAGAUCGAGGAACUUAGACACAAUCUGGCCAAUAUUUCGUCUACCUCUGAUGAUGGUGCUCAAAAAUUGAAGGAAGCUUAUCUUCAAAAGUUGAACGUCCUUGAGGCACAGGUUUCUGAGUUGAAGAAGAAACAAGAUGCUCAAGCUCAACUCUUGAGACAAAAGCAGAAGAGCGAUGAGGCAACAAGACGAUUACAAGAUGAUAUUCAGAGAAUUAAGUCUCAAAAGGUUCAACUUCAACAUAAGAUCAAGCAAGAGUCUGAGCAGUUUAGGCUAUGGAAGGCAUCAAGAGAGAAAGAGGUUCUUCAGCUUAAGAAAGAAGGAAGGAGGAAUGAGUAUGAGAUGCACAAGCUUUUAGCUCUGAAUCAGAAGCAAAAAAUGGUUUUGCAAAGGAAGACAGAAGAAGCUAAUAUGGCAACUAAAAGGCUAAAGGAGCUGUUAGAAUCUCGAAAGGCUUCCUCACGUGAAAUAUCCAGUGCUGGAAAUGGGCAUGGUCCUGGAAUUCAGGCUCUGAUGUCUGCCAUUGAGCAUGAGCUUGAAGUCACAGUAAGGGUACAUGAAGUGCGUUCUGAAUAUGAACGCCAAAUGGAAGAGAGGUCUAGAAUGGCAAUGGAGAUUGCAAGGUUGAAGGAAGAGGCAGGAAUGCUAAGGAUAAACAAUUUAAGAGACGGUCCCGAGUCAAUGUCUCCUGGUGCAAGAAACUCAAGAAUUUUUGCACUAGAAAAUAUGCUUGCAACUUCUUCCAGCACCCUGGUUUCUAUGGCAUCACAGUUGUCGGAAGCAGAAGAACGUGAGCGUGUAUUUAAUGGAAAGGGACGUUGGAACCAAAUUCGGUCUCUUGUUGACGCAAAAAGUCUGAUGAGUUUUCUGUUCAAUUUAGCAUCAUCUUCCAGGUGUGUCUUACGGGAUAAAGAAGUUGACAGCAGGGAGAAGGAUUCGGAAAUAAGAGAUCUCAAGGAAAAGGUUGUCAAAGUCAGUAGUUUGGCUAGACAUCUAGAGAUGCAGAAGGCGGAACUUAUUCAUCAAGUGAAGUUGCAGAAUUCAGCAUUACGAAAGCGUCCCACGAAAAAUGAAGCAGAGUUCUCGAAUUCUGAUAUGAACAGUGGAGGUCACAAAUAUGACUUGCGCAAGCAGGAUAACCGGAACUCCAUGAUUUGGUUAGAGGAUAUGGAUACAUCUGAAUCAGAACAUUCAGAUACAGAUGCAACAGAUGAAGACUGGGUAGAACAUUCAGAAAUGGAUGUGGCAGAUGAAGACUCGGUGCGCCCAAGAAAACAGGGUAGGAAAAGAGUUUCAAGAACAAGAGGCCGUUCAAUUGUCGAAGAUAUCAAUGAUGGUGAAAAUUUGAAUCAAGAUUCUUCUAGUGAUGGAGUCAAUGUUGUUGCCGGGGAAGCUGCAACGGGAAUAUGUUGCACAUGCAGUAAAACUUCAUUAUGCAAGACAAAAAAAUGUGACUGCAGAGCUGCUGGUGGUACUUGUGGGAUCUCAUGUGGUUGUGUAGACACCAGAUGUUCUAACAGAGAUGCUUCUGCUGAGGUUGUAGAAUCACGACAUUUAGAGACAGCUGAAGUUCCAGAAAUGGAAGAAACAGAGAGGACUCAGACUCUUGCUUCUCAGGGAGCAAUGUUGCUUCAAAGUUCACUGGUUGAGAAACCUGGUGGCACAAACAGUGAGCAAGUGGCAAGAAGGAAACCUCUAUCUGACAUUGGGAAUACGGUGGCCAAGUCCAAUGCACCAAAGCCUAACCAGCGAAAGAAAUGGCGAAAAACAGUGAUUCAACUUGUUCCAGUUGCUCCUCCAUCUGGACAGCCAGAGAAUGUGGAAGCACCACCACCCCAGAAUGCAGAUAAUAGUGCAAAUGAGGCCAACAUCCCCCUGAAGUUGCCAAGGGCUAUGCGAUCAGCGGCAUCGAAUAGUGGCAACCUUUUGAGGGAGAGGAAUACUGAUAAACCAGAUGAAUUAACAAGCAAGGAGAAUGGUGUCCUUGCUCCAGGAAGUCCUGCUCGACCACCGAAAACUUCAGAGGAGAAAGAGAACCAUGGCCUCUAGCUUAAUUCUCAUUCCUUUCUCCCUUGUUGGGGAUAUUAGAUUGGUUGGACUUGCAGUACUAACUGUUAGCCACGCUCACCAUUUAGUGUAUUUUUUGAUUGGAUUAGUUGGUGGAAGAUGUCUGAAAAUGGUAUCUAACGUUGAUAAGUUAGAGCCUUGAUCCAUCCCAUCCCGGAUUUGGGGGACGUCUGGUAUCAAAUGUACCGGACUAAUGUCCGGUAGAAGUGUGAACCGUUGAUCGAAUCCAACGGUCUGCAUUUUCUUUGCCCAAAAUUUGGUAUUUUCGACUCUCUUCCUAACAUAUCUAGCACUUCUUCCAAACA